CACGCGCGAACGAAUCCGUGGCGCUUUUGCGAACGCGAUCGGCGUGUAACCCUGUAGCUGGGCCAACGGCUGCACCCUCUCGAAGUGCGCAUUUUAAGCGGUUUCCCGGACUCGUCUGUCGGCAUUGGCGAUUCGGCAACAUUCAAAUCCCGUGGCAGGACUGCCCACGAGUGGCGAGGUAGUGCGAGGCACGUCGCAGACGCGACUGAGAGAACGUAGGGCGCCGUUUCACUUCGUCCGGCCGUGAGUGCUUCCCGUUCCGAGGAUUGUGCCGUAUCGUCGCAGACCCAAUGUCAGGCAUAGCGAUCGCCAGGCUCGCCGAAGAGCGCAAGGCAUGGAGGAAGGAUCAUCCUUUCGGCUUUGUAGCUAGGCCAACCAAAAACCCAGAUGGUUCUCUUAACCUGAUGAGCUGGGAAUGCGCGAUACCUGGAAAGAAAUCUACUCCCUGGGAGGGUGGGUUGUACAAAUUACGGAUGAUCUUCAAAGACGACUAUCCGUCAAGUCCACCAAAAUGUAAGUUUGAACCACCACUGUUUCAUCCGAACGUAUAUCCAUCUGGCACUGUCUGCUUGUCGCUCCUGGACGAGGAGAAAGACUGGCGACCAGCCAUCACGAUCAAGCAAAUCCUACUUGGUAUCCAGGAUUUACUGAACGAGCCAAACGUGAAAGAUCCAGCUCAAGCUGAAGCUUACACAAUAUAUUGCCAAAAUCGUCUGGAAUAUGAAAAGCGCGUUAAAGCUCAAGCCAGAGCAAUGGCUCCCCAAGAAUAAACUGCGAAAACCGUCGAGUCGGCGUAUUUAAAAUAAAUGUGGGAAAGAUAUUGUAUGUGGAACACUCCUAAGCUGAUCUAUAGCUCUUUAUAAUUAAUCUUUUUUACAAGUAAAAUUAAUAUAUGUUGUAACUAGUUAAGUUAGUCAAACUUUUAACUUUUAUUUACCAAUUAUUCCAUUCAUCUUGCACAUUUCUCAAAAUUUUGAAAUGUAGAUUACAUCGUGUCGACGUGUGAGGAUCAACACAUAACUUCUUUCGCACAUAAAUAUCUUAUUAAUAUUAAGACCAUGUUAUGAAGCUAUGCUAUAAAGAUAUACUUUAAGACAGAAUUAUUUUUUGAUCUAAACUUUAAUUUUUAAGUCCUAUAAUUAUUAUUUUUAAGGCGGAGAUAUGAACGGAAGACGUUAAAAAAAUAGCAGCUGUUAAAUAUCUAUCGUCUCGAAUUCUCUAUUUGUUCUUGAUUAUAUUACAGUACAUGUAUAGGUAGACUUAUUUUAGAGUUUACUAAGUAAUGUACAAAUCUCGAAGAGAAUAAAAAAAAAAUGUCAUCUC